ACGGAGCAGGUGACGUCGAGGAUCCUGACGGAGGCGACGAAGGGCGCGAAGUGUGACGAGAGUGAGCUUGGAAGGUUUACGCGACGCAGUUCAGUGAUUGAGAAUAGAUGGGGUCUAUUUGCGAGAACAGAAGAGGGGAAUGAAUGUUGCAAUUGAAGAUAGUGAGAUUACGCAAGAGUUCGGGAGGAAGAAUCUGAUCGCGACAGAUCUUAAGUGACGCCCAGAUUUACGAAGAGACAGAUAGUGGAAUAUUAAGAGGAAAAAAAUUGUAUAUCGGUAAAUAUAGUAGAUAUCCUGUGACCGCCCACGACUCUCACGCCCACGACUCUCACGCCCGUCUCACACCGCCCACGACUCUCACGCCCGCCGCCCACCGCCCACCGCGAAGAUGCUGUCCGUGCUGAGCAUGAUGGAAUCCGGACACCUGGACGGCGACGACGAGGACGACCACCACCACGAUGAGGACGACCACCACGACGCCCACCCGCUCUCCAAAGCCGAGCUCAGAAAGAGCAACAAGCCCAUUAUGGAGAAGCGGAGGAGAGCGCGGAUUAACACCUGUCUGAACGAGCUCAAGUCCCUUAUCUUGGACGCCAUGAAAAAAGACCCGGCGCGCCACAGCAAGCUCGAGAAGGCGGACAUCCUCGAGAUGACGGUGAAGCACCUGCAGGCGGUGCAGCGGCAGCAGCUGGCCCUCGCCGUGGCGCACGACCCCGCCGUCCUCACCAAGUUCCGCGGGGGCUUUGCCGAGUGCGCGCAGGAGGUCACCAGGUACGUGUCGAGGAUCGAGGGCGUGGACAGCGGCGUCCGGCAGCGCCUCCUUCAGCACCUGGGCCAGUGCGUGUCGGGCCUCUCCGCCAUGACGCCGCUCUCCUUCACCGCCAUGGCCGGCCUGCCCCUGCCCAUGACACACCUCCAGGGGGGCGGCCUCCCCUCCUCUCCCCACCCCGGCCUUCAGCAGAGCCCCGGGGACGUCAACAACAACCAGGCGCGGCUCCUGCACAGCCUGGUGGCCGCGCGCCUCGCCGCUGCCGGAGACGCCGCAGGUGCGGCCUUCCUCCUACAGGGCAGCCUGUCCCUCCUGGCCCGAGCAGCCCCCCACGCCCCCCCUCCCUCCAGCCAGCCCCCUCCGUCGGCGCCGUCGCAGGCCCCUCCCCCGGCCCCUCCGCCGCCGCCGCCUCAGCCCCAGCCGGUGGCGCCGCCCUCCGUCGUCAAGGUGAACGAGGGCGCCUCCUCCUCCGGCGAGCGCCCCGCGCGCCCGUCCGCCUUCACCGCCGUGCGCCGAGGCUCCUCCCCGCCGCGGGCGCCGCUGGAACUCCACCCACGCCCUCAGGACCCGCUGCAAAGCGGUGGUCCUCAAGCGGUGCUGACGCCCACCGCCAGGAGGUUGGUGGGCGUGGCGGACGCCCGCCCCGAGACCGUCGUGCACGCCCAGGUGGCCGUCCAGCCCGUGAACCUGGCGCUGGCCGAGCCCCGGGACGCCGACGCGCGCGCGCCGCUCGACUUCUCCUUCCGCAAGCGGCCCCUUGGCAGACCGACGCCCACGCACCCCGCCCACGCCACACCCACGCCGCUUGGCGCAGGCCCCGCCCCUCCCAGUCACCCGACAGUCAUUCACCCGACGCCCAAGCACCUCACGCCCACCGCGGGCGGCCCGGGCAAGCACCAACAUCCCGUCCACAGCCACACGCCACUGUCCAGCAAGCGCCCCCUGGAAGAGGCCGAGCCCUCGUGUCGCGCGCCCAAGCUCCUGCGGGCGGAGGCGCCCCCGCAGCUGGUUCAUCCUCCGCGCCUCAUGAUACACCUCACUCCUCCUGGCCACUCCUCCUCGUCCUCGUCCUCGUCCUCCUCUCCCUCAGACACCUCCCCCCUAAGGCCAAGCCCCCAGGAGCCCUCCGAGCCCUCGCUUCCCGGCCCGUCGCCAAGCCGCCCUUCGCCGCCCAUCCACUCGUCCUCGCCGGGCACGUCGCCGCCGGGCCCUGCCACGCCCAAGGAGGAGCUCGUGACGUCCGAGGACAACGCGUCGCCGGAUCGUCCCUCCACGUCCUCCACGCAGGAGGAGAAGGACAUGUGGAGGCCCUGGUGAGGCGUCUCCUCCGGGUCGCUCCUCAGAGAACACGCCCCUCUCCCGCUGGACGCGCGUCCGAAAGUGCCUUCGUCUUACCUCGUCCUCCGCGCCGUUCAAAAAGUGCCUGAACAGAGUGAGACUUUUGUUCGAAUCUCCAGAAAGAAAAUGGCUGCCGACGUCCCUCUGGCCGGGGGCCGAAGCCGCUCCUGUUCCUCUCCUUUUGCCAACAGAAAACAAAACAGAAACGGCCUGUUCCUAAUUUCACCGCGUAACCGGUUACUCUUACACAAGUUCUAAUUACACUACAAUAAUGUAAAAAGCGAAAUAUGCUGCAGAGAUAGAGAGAAUCUGCAUACCAGUGAAAGCAUGAUUUCGGAAAUCGGAUUGAGGUCCCGUGAAUGCGGACGGUAAGCUAAACCCAGUGCCAAUCGCCGUGUACUUAAGUCCUAGGUUGUUACUUCUGAGUGUCUUUUAUAUAUAUAAAACAAAAAUUACAAAACAAAAAUAUAAUAUAGAUUUAAAUAGUUGUAUAUAGCCUUUAGUGAAAUGCGUAGUACAAAUGUACCUUCAGUAUUCAUUGUAGACAAUAGAUAUGUUAGGCGGUUGCUGAUAUAUACCUUAGUUGGCUUGCAAGUCAACGUACUGUUAUUUCUGUGAUAUUUUAAGAAUUAA